GAACCGAGGGGGUGUCGGAACGGAGCGCAAAACAUGAGAUUAUGACAAUGAGACUGCAUUCAUAAUCCAACCGACGAUUUGACUUGUUUUAUUUUGAUAGUGCCGUGGAGGGGUGUAUGACGACUACUACAGAAAAUACUUGUACCUCUGUAAGGUAGCGAGGGAAGGGAAAGUAGGAGGGGGGCGGCGUAGCUGGAUUUAGAGAAGGAAAACAAUAUGGCCGCAGUGGAGUUAGAAUGGAUCCCAGAAACACUGUACAACACUGCUAUAUCAGCAGUGGUGGACAAUUACAGUCGAUCGCGAAGAGACAUCCGGUCUCUUCCCGAAAACAUACAAUUUGAUGUGUAUUACAAGCUUUACCAGCAGGGCCGGCUCUGCCAGCUGGGAGGGGAGUUCUGCGAGCUGGAGGUCUUCGCCAAAGUUCUACGCGCUUCUGAUAAAAGACACCUCCUGCACCACUGCUUCCAGGCCCUGAUGGACCAUGGUGUCAAAGUGGCCUCCGUGCUGGCCAACUCCUUCAGCCGACGCUGCUCUUACAUCGCAGAGUCUGACGCCCACGUCAAAGAAAAAGCCAUUCAGUUCGGCUUUGUUUUAGGUGGCUUCUUGUCAGACGCAGGGUGGUAUGGCGAUGCGGAGAAGGUCUUCCUCUCCUGUCUCCAGCUCUGCACACUCCACGAUGAGGUCCUGCACUGGUACCGUGCUGUAGAGUGCUGUGUGAGGCUGCUCCAUGUCCGCAAUGGCAAUUGCAAGUACCACCUGGGAGAGGAGACGUUCAAGCUGGCCCAGUCCUACAUGGACAAGCUGGCCAAACACGGCCACCAGGCCAACAAGGCAGCCCUCUACGGAGAGCUGUGUGCCCUGCUCUUCGCUAAAAGUCACUAUGAUGAGGCAUACAGGUGGUGUAUCGAGGCCAUGAAGGAGAUAACCGUGGGGCUGCCGGUCAAAGUGGUGGUGGACGUUCUCAGACAAGCCUCCAAGGUAGCAUGUGUUGUAAAACGGGAGUUCCGGAAAGCUGAACAGCUCAUAAAACAUGCCGUAUUUCUGGCAAGGGAGCACUUUGGACACAAGCACCCAAAAUACUCUGACACUCUAUUAGACUAUGGGUUCUACUUACUCAACGUAGACAAUAUCUGUCAAUCAGUCGCUAUUUACCAGACCGCCCUUGACAUUCGGCAAUCGGUGUUUGGAGGGAAAAAUAUUCACGUGGCCACGGCACAUGAGGAUCUGGCGUACUCCUCGUAUGUGCACCAGUACAGCUCUGGUAAAUUCGACAACGCACUAUUCCACGCAGAACGUGCCAUAGGCAUCAUAACUCACAUUCUCCCCGAGGACCAUCUGCUGCUGGCCUCGUCCAAAAGGGUGAAAGCCCUGAUCCUGGAGGAGAUUGCCAUCGACUGCCAUAACAAGGAGACGGAGGAGCGCCUGCUGCAGGAGGCCCAUGACCUGCACCUGUCCUCGCUGCAGCUGGCCAAGAAGGCCUUCGGGGAGUUCAACGUCCAGACGGCCAAGCACUACGGCAACCUGGGACGCCUCUACCAGUCCAUGCGCAAGUUCAAGGAGGCGGAGGAGAUGCACAUCAAGGCGAUCCAGAUCAAGGAGCAGCUGCUGGGCCAGGAGGACUACGAGGUGGCGCUCUCCGUGGGCCACCUGGCCUCCCUCUACAACUAUGACAUGAACCAGUACGAGGACGCCGAGAGGCUCUACCUGCGCUCCAUCGCCAUCGGCAAGAAGCUGUUCGGCGAGGGCUACAGCGGGCUGGAGUACGACUACCGGGGCCUGAUCAAGCUCUACAACUCGGUGGGCAACUACGAGAAGGUGUUUGAGUACCACAACAUCCUCUCCAACUGGAACCGCUUGAGGGACAGGCAGUUUGCGGUGGCGGACGCGCUGGAGGACGUCAACACCAGCCCCCAGGCCACCGACGAGGUGGUGCAGUCCUUCCUGCUGUCACAGAGCGACAGGCCAAACCAUCACCCCUGUUAGGGGGGGGAGGUGGUGAGGAGGGGGGCAGUGGUCACAAGGUGGCAGGGACACAAACAGAUACACACAAACACCGAAGUCACGUACACAUCUGAACGGACACUUGGGAGACAUACCGAUGCUCAUUUAGCAGUUUCCUUCGUACACACACGCAACACGCCUUCACAAGCAAAGAUGUGACUGUUCUUAAUCUGCACACAAACACACUCAAGAAUACAACACACACAUGAACUUCACAGUUCAACUCAAUACACUGUCAAAUGACUCGCAUGGUUUCACCAUUGGCAUGUUGGGAGUUAUGUCUGGCUCCCCUACACCUAAUACUUGUCCUCUGGAGAUACAGUGGUGGAGCGUGGUGCUAUCGGAGGAGCUUGCCCAGCCCUGACCUCGCUGCUCCCCAAAGCCAGUCAUCCAGCCAGCCUGCACCAGCCACCCAUACCUCCAUCACCUCCAGCGCUACCACCCUCCCUCCUGCCAGGCAUCACCCCAGCAGACCGGCUCCCAUCCUGGGCGCUGGGGAGGGUGGUGUGGGGUGGUGUGUUAUGUGGUUGGGUUUGGGUAAAGGGGCCUGGGAGCCGGAGCAAUACUAUCACUUGGAGGCAAAACACCAUUCUGUUUGGGUUUCAGGUUCACCACUGAUUUAAACAAAGAAGAAAAAAAGCAAUUCAAGGACAUUGAUGAAAGUACCCAUUGUCUGUCUGCUACAUACAAAUGGAGGAAUUAAAGAAGGAAAAAAAAACAUUAAAAGGCAAGUGUGGGAAACGAGAGAGAAAAAUAACAAGCCUGGUAUACACUUGUGGCCCUCUACGUUAAUUGUGUAAAACCCUGUAAAAACCCAUGUUUUUUUCUCUUUUCAUGUUUUCUUUCUUUUACUCUCCUAUGUUUAUUUAGUCUGUUGUUCCUGAAAGAUAUUGCUUCACACAUCUUGGGAAAUUUGCGCUACCACCAACCUCCACCACUACCACCACCAUGUGUGCUGUGUCUAGUAUUGGACUGAGCAUGUCCUGAGGGACCUCCCAAGAACCUGCUUGGGCUCUGUUGUGUCCACAGAAAGAACCGGAAAGAGCUCCGCUUUGCUUCUUCCUGUCUUGAUGAGUGAAGGAAGGAAUAUCAUCGGUAAUGACGAUUGUUGACUUUAAAACAUCAAAAAAAGAAAGUUAAAGAAAAAAAAGGAAAACCGUCAAGUCCUAAGGUCAAACCUUCGGUGUACAUGUGCGGCCCAUUACUGCUUUCGAAUUGGACCACAAUGUGUCUUUCUGUCACAAGACAAUUCUAUGGACCAGAGGAUUAUAAAAACGAGUGUUUUGGAUGCAAACAUGUUCUGAAAAUUUUCAGAAUUAUUAUUAUUAUAUUAUUAUUAUUAUUUUCUUUUUUGUAUUCACUGACAUGUUUAAAAGUAGACAUUAAGGUUAAUUUAAAUGCCAAUAAUUUAUAUGCAAAGCGUGCUUUAACUUUUAGGUUUAACAUUGCACAUAGAUGAGCCAAAUGGACUUUGUUUUCUCUUUUGGACAUGGAUGUGAGCACACACAUGGGAGCUCUGCCAAUAGAGGUGUCCGGUCUGCUCGGCUCCCGGGGCCAUGUAGGGGGAAAGAGAGGGCCGGACUGCAUGGGGGGAAAAGAGGGAGAUCACCACAGCAGAUCUCUGGAUCUCUGCAUCUCUCAGCCUCAUCUCCUUCCAAAGUGGCUGUGAGCAUAGUGGGAGAGGCUGCCUCAGCUCCACACCCACUGAGGGAUAAGCUGGAGUAGAAGUGAGGAUAUGCCUACAAAGCAUGUCACCGUCACAUCUAACCAGACCGUAAUCUACCCCCCACCCCACCCCCCUUUGCAUGGGGUUGCUUUGAUGGUCCAGUCCCCCCCCCUGGCACACAGCCAGCUGUCAGGGAGACCACAUAGGAAAGAGCUGAUGGAGGCACCUGUUUUUGUACAGCGGGGCUCAAUGCUGUGGGGUGCAAAGUGUGUCCAGGCAUUCGCAGUGAAUGCAGUGGCCCACUUACCAUUGAGUCCUAUUCUACAAGGAUUCCCAUUAGUCCUUGUGGUGAGGUCUGAGAGUGUUUCCAGCAGUUCAGUGUGGUGCCUUCCUUUAUUUUUCCAUCAGUCGGCCCUCUACUCCAUUCUGUUACGAUUUUCUGUUUAUGCCCAAAGAUUGGCUCAGUGAAAGAAAAACAAAAAAGGCUUUGCAAGUUUGAGUUUACACGAUUAUAAUUGCCUGCUUCUAACAAGCUGAAUCAUAGCACUGAUGAGAAUUGUUAACACCGCGUCCAGGGCUGUGGUUACAACAAACCCGUUUUUGGAAGAAGAAAAAAAACAAAAAAGACAAAAAGUGAUUGGAUUUGCAUUACAUAUAUACUUGUUCAUUAAGAUUUCACACCAUUUUUCCCACAAGUUGUUGUAGCGCACCAUGUUGUCUUUAAUCGUGUCACCUUUUUUUGUUUUUGAAAAUUUCUCAAAUCAUUUUUGUUGAUGUAAAUUAUAAGACGUGGAGCCAUAGUAAUGGCUACAGUGUCAGUCAGAUGUUUUUCUGACGUGGAUAUUGGUCCGGUCACAGUAGUGAGUGUUGGAUAUGUGGGUCUUACCCAUUUUUUGUUUGUUUGUUUUUUCUUUUUUUUGUGACACGGUGGGGCCCCAGCUCUGGCUGAAGUCCUAGCCUUAGCCUUAAAGGACGCUCAGCUAACGGUGCUCUGGCUCUCAGAAGCCUUCUUUUAGUAAAAAUUUGUUUUAUUUUAAAAUUAUUUCUCUCUUUUUCAUUGCUUUUGCUUCUUCCUGAGUCCCUUAUGAGCCAACUGCUGGUGGCACCAGCCGCAGCAGCAUGGCCUCUUCUCUCCUCUCCCCCUCCUGGUCUAGCCAGCGCUCUCCCCAGUUAAAUGGGGAUGCAUGCUACUUCCUGUUUGGAUGACCAGGUUAGGCGUAGACACACACACACACUUGUACACACACACACACACACACACAUGCACACUUGUACACAUUCCUCCCUGGCCUGUGUAUGGAAUAUUGAAUGACAGGAUGUGGGAGGUGUGUGUGUGUGUGUGGUGAAGUUGCUCCAGCCUGUGCAAAUGAUUGGAAAAGGGAAUCACAGGGUAGAGGGAGGGGAUGUGAGUGACCGUCAAGAAUGGGAACCGGGAGAUUGCCUUGCAUUUAGAGGGGAGAAAAAAGUUUAACAGGGUGGGAUAUUAGAAAUUAAAUGCUGUGAUGUCAGCAAAAAAAUGACAGUGAAAGUGCAUUUCCAUUUUUAAUUGACCUUUAGGGGAAUGAAAUGGUUGGGUGGGUGUGACUUUUUGCAUUUUUCCAGUAGGGGUUUCCUUUUUCCUGUUGGCAGACAAGGCCACUUAAGCUCAUAAGCUCACAACACGUUUGUAUAUCAGUGUCACUCCUCCUGUGCUUUUCUCUGGGCUGCCGUUUUGUGAAGCGAGGCUUGACAUCAUUGAAUAUUCUAACUUAUAACUAAAUAUUUUGCAAAAACAUAAUAUCAGAACCUAUUCUCUCAUUAGCAAUCAGGAUAGUGAAUGUUUGAAAUUCCCCACAGAAGUCAAAUUGAAGAAACAUUGUUUUCCACCCCGGAGGAGGGGUGACAGGCAGGAAGUCAGAGGGAAGGACAGGAUGAACAACAUUGAGUUGCAGACCGAUUCUAUGGCAAGGCCAGCCCAUCUAAUCCACACACAGCAUGAUCACACAAUCACUUCUUGUAUUUUUGAAUGACUGUACCCACCUCACUCACUGGCAAAUGUGCAUACCCCAUAACCCGAUUGCAUUAAAAAAAGUAAAUUAAAUGUGAGGGGGAACACACAAAACAUUUACGUUUUAAAUGAAUGCUUUCUUUGCGAAUGUUGAUUUGUAAGGGCUCAUUAUGUUUACCUGAAGUGGUAUUUCUUUGCUUUGGGUUGUUUUUAUUUGGCUAUUGAUUAAUUUCAUUGUGGGGUUUUUUUUUUUGGGUGGGGCGGGGUGUUGUGUAAAUUCUGCUCCAAGCAAGCAUCUCCAAAAAAAAAAAGCUGAGUGUGGGUUGCAGUAGAAUCCAAGUGGUAAAAUGGCCUGCAGUCCUCCACUCAUGUUUUCCCUCCCAAGUCAAGUCAUGUCAGUCAGUCAGUGUUCUCACACAAAGAGUAGCUGGCCUUUAUUUGCAUGUUUUUUGAGUAAUUCUAUGUAGAUAUAGGUAUAGAUAUAGAUGCUAAAGAUUACUGCACUGGUGAACUUUACAGCAACGUACCUACAUGCUAGAAGGACCAGCUUUCUGUAUAGCCAAAAGGAUGUGACACACCUGUAAAGUAUGAUUAUAUGGAAAAGUGAAUUUUUUUUGUGCCUCUGAAAUCUAAAAAGGAAUUACAUCCCAAAUAAACUUGUCAGAGAAAAAUAAUAGUAAUAAAAAAAGAACACAUUUUGUCCAUUCACUUAUAUCAACACUGUGGGAUGCUUGCGAGUGAAGUGUUAAAAUGGUGGAAUAUGACUUGUGACUGUUGUACAUUGUAUGGCUGUACUGAGCAGAUGCUGAGGCUGUCCCACAGCAAGAGUUGAAGCAAUGUUACUAAUAAAAUACUGGUUUCUACA